AAAAAUCUUAGUCACUUCAAUCUACUCAGCCCCCUCUGGAUCUCCUGCAAACUCAAAGCACCAGAGCACUACUAAACACGCACAAGGACAAAACAAGUGCUACAUAAGAGAGAGGACGGCUGAGGAGUAAUGGAGAGGAUCACCAUGUAGACAGCAGCCGAAUGGAAGCAGGUAGAAUGGGAAACCACGUAUGGAGUGCCGCCGGUCUGCAGCCGUGGUGAGCGCAGACAUCCUCAGGACCUUUAGCUGGGAUCUCGCAGAUGGCUUUCACAUCCUGACUCGUGUAACGCUGAGGAGCCUCUUUUAAAUUACAGCCAGCGGACUGGAUCGGUCUUUGCUUCAUCCUCUUUGCUUACUUUCACUUUUCUCCAGCAUUGCUCAAUUUUUUUGAGAUACUUGAUCUCCAGCCAUUCCCGGGACUCCUUCUAUGCCCAUGUGGUGUUUUCUCCAUUUUUCUAAUUUACAUUUUUAUCAGCUUUAAAGAAAAGCUACCAAGCAAUACUCAGCCAUCAUGGGGGACAUGACAAAUAGCGAUUUUUACACCAAGAACCAAAGAAAUGACAGCAACCACGAGGGUGGAUUUGGCUGCUCGCUCAUGGAGCUGCGCUCCCUCAUGGAGCUCAGAGGAACGGAGGCAGUGGUCAAAAUUCAGGACGACUAUGGAGGAACUGAGGGACUGUGCCAGAGGCUUAAAACCUCACCAACAGAGGGGUUGGAAGGAGUUGUGACUGAUCUAGACAAGAGAAAAGAAGUAUUCGGAGAAAAUCUUAUACCUCCAAAGAAGCCAAAAACUUUUUUACAGUUAGUAUGGGAAGCAUUACAAGAUGUGACCCUCAUCAUCCUCGAAAUCGCAGCCAUAAUCUCGCUGGGACUCUCCUUUUAUCAACCGCCCGGAGGGGGCAGCGAAUCCUGUGGGACAGUGAGCGCAGGUGAGGAGGACGAGGGGGAAGCCGAGGCCGGGUGGAUCGAGGGCGCUGCUAUCUUACUCUCUGUGGUGUGUGUCGUCCUUGUCACGGCCUUCAAUGAUUGGAGCAAGGAGAAGCAGUUCAGGGGUUUACAGAGCCGCAUCGAACAGGAACAGAAAUUCCAGGUGGUGCGCGGAGGACAGGUUAUCCAACUUCCUGUGUCAGAUAUUGUCGUUGGUGACAUUGCACAAGUCAAGUAUGGUGACCUGCUUCCAGCUGAUGGAGUCUUGAUACAAGGCAAUGAUCUGAAGAUUGAUGAGAGUUCACUGACGGGAGAAUCAGACCAUGUACGCAAAUCUGCAGACAAAGACCCAAUGCUUCUCUCUGGCACCCAUGUGAUGGAGGGUUCGGGUCGGAUGGUGGUCAUGGCUGUAGGUGUGAACUCCCAGACCGGGAUCAUCUUCACCCUGCUCGGUGCUGGGGGAGAGGAGGAGGAGAAGAAAGAGAAGAAAGACUGCUCCCAUCCCUCCUCACACCCCAUCGCAACUAUAGCCACCUAUGGUGCAGCAAAUGCCUCUGGUAAUACCAGCCUAGUCAAUGGUAAAAUGCAGGAUGGCAAUAUGGAGAACAGCCAGACAAAAGUGAAAAAGCAGGAUGGUGCCGCAGCAAUGGAAAUGCAGCCCUUGAAGAGCGCAGAGGGUGGAGAAGCUGAAGAAAAAGAGAAAAAGAAAUCCAGUGUCUCCAAGAAAGAAAAAUCCGUUUUGCAAGGAAAACUAACCAAGCUAGCUGUGCAGAUCGGCAAAGCAGGUUUGGUGAUGUCUGCCAUUACAGUCAUCAUCCUGGUGCUCUACUUUGCCAUUGAUAACUUUGUGCUUCAGAAGAGGCAGUGGCUACCAGAGUGCACUCCAAUCUACAUUCAAUAUUUCGUCAAAUUCUUCAUUAUUGGUGUGACAGUCCUAGUGGUAGCUGUUCCUGAAGGCCUUCCGCUCGCUGUUACCAUCUCUCUGGCCUACUCUGUCAAGAAAAUGAUGAAAGAUAACAACUUGGUGCGCCAUCUGGAUGCCUGCGAGACCAUGGGCAAUGCCACAGCUAUCUGUUCAGACAAGACUGGCACAUUAACCACCAAUCGAAUGACAGCAGUUCAAUGCUAUGUGGCAGAUGUCCAUUACAAGUCGAUACCAGACCCCAGCUCAAUUCCACCAAAAACUCUGGAUACAUUGGUCAAUGCUAUUUCCCUCAACAGCGCCUAUACUACUAAAAUACUGCCUCCAGAUAAGGAAGGGGGUCUUCCCAAGCAAGUGGGCAACAAAACCGAGUGUGGCCUAUUGGGACUGGUCCUUGAUCUGAAACGAGACUACCAGACUGUUCGAAACCAGAUCCCAGAAGAGAAACUCUACAAGGUGUACACAUUUAACUCCGCAAGGAAGUCAAUGAGCACCAUCAUCAAACUUCCAGAUGGCAGUUUCAAAAUGUACAGCAAAGGAGCAUCUGAGAUCAUUCUUAAAAAGUGUUCGCGUAUUUUAAACGAGGUAAGCGAACCUCGCGUUUUCAGACCGAGGGACAGGGAUGAGAUGGUGAAGAAAGUAAUCGAACCCAUGGCCUGCAACGGACUCAGAACUAUCUGCGUGGCUUACCGUGACUUCCCUGCCAACCCUGAGCCCAACUGGGAUGAUGAAAACAACAUUUUAACUGACCUGACAGCAAUAUGUGUGGUUGGAAUUGAAGAUCCUGUAAGACCUGAGGUGCCCGACGCCAUCAGGAAGUGCCAGCGUGCUGGCAUCACUGUGCGUAUGGUGACUGGAGACAACAUCAACACUGCAAGAGCAAUUGCUAUCAAGUGCGGCAUCAUUCAACCUGGAGAGGACUUUCUGUGCAUUGACGGCAAAGAGUUCAACAGGAGGAUAAGAAAUGAGAAGGGAGAGGUUGAGCAGGAACGCAUUGAUAAAGUGUGGCCCAAACUGCGAGUGCUGGCCAGAUCUUCACCGACAGACAAACACACACUGGUCAAAGGUAUUAUCGAUAGCACUUUGGUGGACCAGCGGCAAGUGGUUGCUGUAACUGGUGAUGGAACCAAUGACGGACCGGCCCUCAAGAAAGCAGAUGUCGGUUUUGCCAUGGGAAUUGCAGGGACAGAUGUGGCUAAAGAGGCUUCUGACAUCAUCCUGACAGAUGAUAAUUUCUCCAGCAUUGUGAAGGCCGUCAUGUGGGGACGCAACGUCUACGACAGCAUCUCAAAGUUCCUGCAGUUUCAGCUGACGGUUAAUGUCGUGGCUGUGAUUGUCGCUUUCACCGGAGCCUGUAUUACACAGGAUUCUCCUCUUAAAGCAGUGCAGAUGUUGUGGGUCAACCUGAUCAUGGACACGUUUGCAUCCCUGGCUUUGGCCACUGAACCGCCCACUGAAUCUCUGUUGAUGAGGAAACCCUACGGCAGAAAUAAACCCCUGAUCUCCAGUACCAUGACCAAGAACAUCCUGGGCCAUGGCGUCUACCAGCUCACCAUUAUCUUCACUUUGCUGUUUGUGGGUGAGCAGAUCUUUGACAUUGACAGUGGCAGAAACGCUCCACUGCAUUCUCCUCCUUCUGAGCACUACACUAUCAUCUUCAACACCUUUGUCAUGAUGCAGCUCUUCAAUGAGAUCAAUGCCCGCAAGAUCCAUGGAGAGAGAAACGUGUUUGAUGGCAUCUUCAGAAACCCCAUCUUCUGUUCCAUUGUUCUUGGAACUUUCGCCAUUCAGAUUGUGAUUGUUCAGUUUGGAGGGAAACCAUUCAGUUGUUCUCCUCUGGACCUGGAGAAGUGGAUGUGGUGUGUGUUCCUGGGGCUUGGUGAACUGGUCUGGGGACAGGUUAUAUCAACAAUCCCAAACAGCAGGCUGAGGUUCCUUAGAGGAGCUGGUCAGCUGACGCACAAGGAUGAAAUGCCUGAGGAGGAGCUGAACGAAGACCAGGAGGAGAUCGAUCAUGGUGAAAGGGAAUUACGACGAGGACAGAUCCUCUGGUUCAGAGGCUUGAACAGAAUCCAGACUCAGAUACGUGUUGUGAACGCAUUUCGUAGCUCGCUCUAUGAAGGCUUGGAAAAACCAGAAUCAAGAACCUCUAUCCAUAAUUUCAUGACUCAUCCGGAGUUUAGAAUAGAGGACUCUACACCCCACAUUCCUCUUAUAGAUGACACUGACAUCGAUGACGAGGCCGCCAGGAAGAAUUCAACCCUCAGUCAACCAUCGUCACCCAACAAGAACAACAACGCCAUUGAUAGCGGUAUUAACCUUACGACUGACACAAGUAAAUCUGCUGCAUCCUCCAGUCCCGGGAGCCCACUUCAUAGUCUUGAGACUUCACUUUAGCCACCUUAGGUGGGUGACUAUUCAAUAGUUAUCUUAGAAUAUCUGUUUAAAAGCGCUACGAAGAGUGCACGCAAAUAUGGAUUGUGUACAGUUGACUGAAUGUGGUUGGCCCCAUGUUUUUUAAUUUUGUGCUGAAGAAACAAGAAAAAUGAAUGACUGACUUAGGAAUGAUUGUGGAGUGACUCGAGGAACUAUAUAACGAACCACGAGUGUAAAAACAAGCCACUCCCACUUCCUGAGGAAACUAUGGACUAUAAUGAAAUAAUGAGUAAUUUAAAUCAAAUACAGCUAUUAUUGUCACUCCUGCAUGAAUGUACAUUACCCAGGUUUUUAUUUUGAAACCGUUUAUUUUAAUUGUUUGAUUUUAAUUUGUGGGACAUGCGGUGGACUGGUAUUUUAAGACAGCUUAUCUGAUUCACUAUGAGUAUUGUGUGUGGCAUGUAUUUAAUUGUAUAGAUUUAUUUGAUUAUUGAUUGAAGUGUAUCCAGGUUGCAGGGCUCAACUUGCACAGUAGAUCUGCACCUGUCGGAAAAGAGAAACCCAUGGAAAUUAGAAUUUAUUAAGCACAGACACACACACACACACACACAUACAGAGUUUAUCAUUAUGUGUUGGCAUGUUGCCUUGUUCUGCUUCAAUGACUAACUACUUUAACUUAUUUAUGUCCUAAAGAGAAUGUAAUUUGUUUACAAAAUCUGUAGAUAUGUCCUGGUUUCUUUGUAGGGUUUAAAGCUUCUUUGUAGGGUUCAAUACCACACAGCAGACAUAGUUGGAACAGCUCAAGUUGUCCUGUAAUAUACUGUAGGUGUUUUAUUACAAAUUGUGUGCUGGACUUGCCUGCUGUUUUGUCAAAUAAUGUAGAUAUUUUAGAGGAUAACAAAAGAAACCAAAAUAUAGUGGGAUAUAUCAUUAAUGUGGAAUCUUAGUAUUACAUGAUUGUUGGGAUCAGCAACUGCUCUGAGCACCCCUGAAAAAAUUCAGAACUGAUCUGCACACAAAGGUUUUUUUUAUAAUUCAAUGCUUGAACUUGUGGUCAGCCUCAAAUGUAAGCAGAUAUUUCAGGUUGGAUUCGAAGACUUUCAUUAGAAAUACUAUAUAUAUAUAUAUAUAUAUAUUAUUUUCAGUUACGUGUGACCAUCAAAGGCUGCGAUGGUUUAUGUGUUGGAAACAUGUAAACUAAGCUAUAUUUGGCAUCUCUGUAUGGAAAUCAAAUCUUGUUAUAUAUUGUGUUGAUUCUUCUUUUUUGACAUUUGAUUUGUAGAUUUCUUUUGAUUUAAGGAAAUUAACCCAGUUCCUAUAAGCUGACAUCACUUUGAAUAACUGAUUUACGUAAUGUAACAAAACAAAACAAAAAAAGGAAUGUUGCUUUUGACUCUUUUAUAAAAAAAGAAAAACCCAAACCAACAAAAACAAACAAAAAAACAAAAACAAAUCUAAAUAAAAAACAUGUAUGAUUCUUUUCUGCACUAUCCGGAUAUGAAUGAAUUUAUGUGGUGUAAAUUUAGAUGUGCUUCUGUGUUAAAAUCAAGCUUGUCUUCCUGAAGUCAGUAAACAUACUCUAGCAUUUUAACAGAAUUCACUAGUCAUUAACUAUUUAUUGUACUCUAAAAGCAAAAGGACAAAUGGGGAUCUAUCAGAAGGCACACUUAUAAAGUCACCAACAUUCAUUAAUAUUCCUUGCAAUUAUAACCAAUUGGAAACAUGAAAAGGUAUGAUGUAAUAUGCUUAAUGUGCAAGUUCAAACUAAUUUUGUAUCCAAUCAGUUAUCAUUUUAACACAUUUAAAAGCCUCAUCUGCCAACAUUCUCACUAUGUAAACUGACCAAAAUGAUCACCUCUGACAUUUUGAAAGUCAACGUCAGGGUGUUUGUCUUUAAAUGUGUGCACUGUAAUGACUCUAGAUGUGAAUUUUAUCAGUGUGACUGGCAGAUUCAGUUUAAUUCAGUUCAGUUCAACACCCUUUUGUUGACGGGCCUAAUUACGGAUGCUGUUUAAAACAUAUAACCAAUAAAACAAAAUUUUGACAGCAUUCUAAUAAUCACAAAUAAUAAUAUUUGUUGCAAUACAUCAGCUUCUAUUUACUGUACUUAGCAGCAUGCAUUUUGUGGAACAAAGAACAUAUGACGCCAUAGGUACUUUUGGCACACUAGCAAUUUAUGGGUAAAUGAAAAGCGUUCAUUAAUUUUGUUUUUAUGAAUUUUAUAAUCUAUACAAUAAUUGUAAAUAAAGAUCUCAAUGUCUUUGUUCAUUUAAUACUAUGCAAAAAGUCAAGCUUUUCUGAUUGUUACAUCAUCUACCCUAGAGUGUGUUGUUGGAAUGUUUGUGGUCUCAAAGUCAGUAAAACAACAAAAACAAAUUGUGAUGUAAAUUAUUUUCUAGACUGACAAAAUUAACUGUGACACUUGCUUCACUGUACAUACCACAAUUCCAGAGACAAGCGCAAGUGAUAAAAUUAAAUGAAAUGAACGGGAAAAAAAAGGAACGACAAAAAAGCACUUAAUAAAUUCCAGAGGAGCAUGAACCAGU